CAACCUGAAAAUGGAGAACAAGAAACUUAGAGAUGAGAUCAGGAAUUUAAGAGCAGGUCUCGACAGAUGUCACACUGACCACUCCUCCAACAGCACCGCCACAGAUGUCAAACCAAAUAGCUCCCCUGACCUUUCUCCCUCUUCUGUACCUGUGGCCCUCAUCAAUGCCGCAAGCAGCCAGCCAAGCAGCCAGCCAACAGAUGGCGAUGUUGUAGUGAAAUCCAAAAGAACUGAAGAAGCUGAACACAGACAAUUGAGAGGGAUGAGUAAAAGCAAUUUUUUCUCACAGGAGUCAUACAAGCCUUUUUUGCUGUCAUCUCUCAUAACACCUUCCUGGAAGGCAGACCACAGUGGGACUCGGGCAGGAGAGAGAAGAGCUCAAAGUGUUGAAGGACUGGACCAGCGACCUUCCAUCCCUCCUCAAGCUCUCCUUCUUAAGAAUGCUUCUUCUUCAGCUGGUGGAGAUGUGAUCCCCAGCAGACAUGUGCUCCAUGCUCCGGUUCCCUGCCGUCCUCAGCCAAUCAAUAGCACUCGUGCUGUCCCAUGGCCCUUAUCUGAAUCAUGUGACUGGGUGACUGCAACUGCUGCUGCAGCAGCCAACCUGAUGCCACGGCCUUCUUCCAAAACAAACCCACUAUGCAUUCCCAGCCUGCUCCCAACUAGCCCGAGAAGGCAGAAUAUUGGGUCCCAAUGGCUCAAGCAGAGCACUCUUCAGACCCCUGCUAAAGAGCCAACUGUGGUGUUCAGAUUGAGGAAUUUGCCAGAGCAUGUGGAGAGUCAAACUAAGCCCCAGGAGAAAAAGGAGAUCCCACUGCCCAGGGUUGCUGCAGAAGGGCUUAGAGAGGCGUAUGAGGGGCCUCUGGACCUGUCGGAUCGAGGAAAGUCCAAAUCCAACCAAGAGCCAAGAGAUGAUUCGCCUUUAGCCUUACAAGAUGUACCAAGAGUAGAGAAGAGCCCUGACAAGAAUGUGAAGGCAGAUCCAGCUGCACAUGUACCAAUAUCAUCACCUUCACCUGUCAUCCCUCCCUCAUCCUCCACUACACCACCAGUCAGACAACAAGAGGAGGAACCUACCCUUGAUUUUAACCACAAGGCAUCAACACCUGCAGUUGAGCUCAUAAGCAGCUCUGAUGAGCGGGAUGAGGAGGGUAAUGCGUCCAGCCAGAGCUGUAAGAGGAAGCGAGCGUCUGUGGAGACAGAACCCGACAGAGACUCAGACACAGAAGACAUCCGCAAUGAAAGGACAAUCAAGAUCACCGUGAGAACUGAGGAGACAGGCCUGAGCUAAAGAGAAUUAUAUCAGAUGGCUGAUUCAUUUGGUGACCCCACUGAAACUGAUUGUUUUGGUGCAGUGCAACAAGAUGAAAAGCUAAUG